CUGGCUACGUGAUGACGUAACCUGAAAGAAAUCCGGUGGAACUCGGAAGAGAGGUGACUGUUGUAUUCUAAAUCAAAAGAUCAAAAUGAAAUCAAAGAUCUAGAACCCUGGCUGCCAUGGAGUCCGAGGGUAACGUGCUCCGCGUGGAUUUCCCAAACUUCUCCGGAUCCCUGCUUCAGAAGCUCAACCAGCAACGGCAGAGGGGCCAGCUUUGUGACAUCAUCGUGGUCAUCCAGGGCCACCAGUACCGUGCUCACCGGGCCGUCCUGGCCGCCAGUUCGCCCUACUUCUGCGACCAGGUCCUCCUCAAAAACAGUGCCCGCUGUGUUUUACCCGACGUCAUGCACCCAUGCGUGUUCGAACGCCUCCUCCUCUCUUGCUACACAGGCACCCUGCACCUACCGGCCGGCGAAGUGGUAGCCUUCCUCACUGCAGCAAGCUUCCUCCAGAUGUGGCACGUGGUGGACAAGUGCACUGAGCUGUUAGAGGUGGUAGGAAGCGGAACAAGAACAUUAGUGCACAAGUCUUCUGGUGGGCUUGGGGACAGGCCUUCCCCUGGGGACAGCAGCUACCACAGCCCUGGGGAUGGCUCCAUGGACCUGGAGGCCGGCGGAGUAGCAGUGGAGGGCUUUGCCAAGAUGGAAAUGGAUCAGCUCCUGGAGAACAGCUUCUCCCCAUCCUCUCUGGAGAACAACAGCACCCAGCCCGGCGGCAGCUGCUCUCCGCCGGUCGACCACGACGGCUCAGGUAGCGAGGCCACCAGCCAGGACGGGGAUGACGAGGAGGUUGGUGAGGGGGACUACCAGUACUCCAGACCAGCCUACGUCCCACCCAGCAUCAUGGGCCACAGGAAAUGGGUCCAUGUGAAGUCAGAGAGGCGUGAGGAUUGCGGGGGCGGCGGGGCUCUGUUUAGCGGGGACUCUGCGGUUACUGACCCCGAGCAGAUUAACUUUAACCUCUCCCAGGCCUCGGCCAGCAAGAGCUCCCUGGGCCACAGCAUCGACGAGAAGCUGGUAGCUCAGCUGGAGGAUCGCCUGGAGGAGGACCCGCUGGACUUUUAUGGCACAUCCAUGGAGGGCUUCUCCGCCGACAAGGUCGAAGGGACCCCGCUUGGGCUAAAGAACGACCUGCUAGGAGGUGCAACCGGGUGUGAGGAGAGUGGCGGUGGUUUGGAAGGAAACCCCAGUGGCCUCCAGGAAGAGACUUCCCACUCGGGCUUUGCCUCAGUGGUCUACAAAUUGUACCCCUGCCAGUGUGGCAAGAGCUUCACCCACAAGAGCCAACGGGACCGGCACAUGAGCAUGCACCUUGGCUUGCGGCCAUAUGGCUGCGCCGUGUGCGGUAAGAGCUUCAAGAUGAAGCACCACCUGGUGGGCCACAUGAAAAUCCACACGGGUGUAAAGCCCUACGAGUGCAGCCUGUGUGCCAAGCGCUUCAUGUGGCGGGACAGCUUCAACAGACACACGUCCUCCUGCACCAGGGCCCACCAGGCCCGGACUGCCGUCAACGAGCAGGCUGCCCAGAUCUGCUGACCCCAGAUCAGAUUUCCAACUACAGUUCACCUCGUCAUCUCCCACAGUCCCGUAUCAGUUUCACUGAGCAGGCUUCCCAGAUUUGCUGAUCCUGGAUCAGAUUAACACACUAGCUUGGAUGACCACCCUCCAAUCAGUUUAGGUGGAUAUAGGGUUAAUCCACCCGUUUUGAUUUGAACAAAACCUUCCAUACAUAUUUGCCCAUUGUAGAAGUGCUCAGAAACAGCUUUUUCUUUUACCUGAAUGCCAACAUAUUCAAAAGAUUAAGGUGCUCAAAGUUUACCCAUUCUUCAUACCCCACCAUAGCAUAAAACAUCCAUGUCUUCAUCACUGGAAAAGAUAAACGGAUUAGAUUUAUAUAAUUUGAAAAGCUUACAAACAGGGUUGUCAAACUAUUUGAUAUAUUUGCCAUCGGUUGAGACACAACGUGCUCUUGAAUACAGGGUGGGUAUAAUGGUUUGGCUAAUAAAUGUAGUAAAAUGGGAAUAACAUUUACAUUUCAAGUGGAACCACAAAGAUGGUUGGAGGUCCAGACAUCAGAGAAUGUUGACUUGAAUGGGAAUAUCUGUUGUUUUAAAUUAUACUGUCAAUCCUCCAUAGGAAACCUAUUGAAAUCAUAGGAAUUUACAUUUUUACAUUUGUCAUUUAGCAGAUGCUCUUAUCCAGAGCGACUUAUGUGUGAGUGCACACAUUUUAUUUAUUUUUUUCAUUUAAAAAUAAAAAUACUUGUCCCUCGUGGGACUCAAAGCCACAAUCUUGACGGAGCAUAGAUAAAAUAGAUAAUUGGAAAUAUAGAUAAUAGAAUAGACAUGACGAUUUAAGUGUACAUUUAAUGGUGGGUUGACCGGUGGUCACCUUUGUGGUAGACUGGUAGUAGUUAAAGUUAACAUUUUAUUCAAUGAUCAUUUCAGUGGUGUACCUGGUGGUUAUUCAGUAGUGAGUUGCCUAGUUAAAUAAAGGUUAAAUAUGUUUUAUUUUUUAAACCCAGCUAAAUUGCAGUGGUCUGAAGGGAUAGGUCCAUUACAUUUCUAUGAUUGAAAUGAUACCCACCUUGUAUUCUAGAGCAAGUUGUGUCUCAACUGUUGGUGGGCAAAACACAAAAACCUCAGACGAUGUGAAAUAGAGUCAGAGUUUACACAUUUUUAGAUAAUUGAAGUUAAAGGUUGAAAAAAAUGUUUACACUUUUUAACCCUUUGACACGUACCAACAAAAGGGUGUGAUCAUUGUAUUGUGGUCCCUGCAGCGUACACUCAAACCAGUGUGAUUAGAACGCUUAUUUAGAACGUCCAGUUUUGAUUGACACAACAGUCAGUAUUUGAGCUGGCUACACUGUUUUCUCACAGAAACAUUUAGCACAAUCACAGUCCUUACAAAGUUAUGCACUGAAUGUGACCAGUUUAUGUUUGGAUGCAAUGUCCAGACAUUCACAGAAGUAGCAACAGCAUAACACAAUCAUCCAAACCGGAAAAUGUAGGCUACAUUAGUCCUAGCACUAACUGAGGAAAGAUUGAGGCCUGUUCUGACUACAUAUGCACAAAUGUCUGCAUACUUGAUCUGCGGAAACACUGGGGAAGUGCUUGGCUUGGGCUCUCCUCGAAGUGAGAAGUUUGUCCGGUUCAGUAAAGUCUCAAACAUAAAUUGUCCACAACAGAAAUCUCAUAAUUAAAAUUCUUCAAACAUACAUGUAUUAUACACCAUUUUAAAGAUAAACUUGUUAAUCCCACCACAGUGUCCGAUUUCAAAAAGGCUUUACGACAAAAGCAUAC